AUGUUUGUAGAGCUCCCCUACCCCCGAAGGAUACUGAAGAAACUAGGCUUGACAGAAGGGAAAGUGGAAUACAACAGUAGUAAGAACAAAAAUGUGGGAAGAGACGACUCCAAGAAAACAAUUAUUGGCGGUUUGGACAUUAAACUUUCCCAGUGUCUUUUUGAAAUAAUAAAUACACGUAAGCUUCUCGAGUUUUUCACUGCCUCUUUUCUUUUUUUUUUUUGUCACUAUCGUUAUCAUUAUCUUUUCGGCUUAAAAAUUUUCCUCCAUCUAUUCAUUCUUUCUUUCUUUCUUUCUUUCUUGCUUGCUUGUUUUGUGUUUAGCAUUUCUUCUACAAGUGUUCAUUUUACUUGUGUUCGUUCUUUAUGUCCACCAUUUAUUUUCUUUCCUUCUGUCUUUCUGUCUGUCUGUCUUUUUCUUUCUUUCUUUCUUUCUUUCUUUCUUUCUUUCUUUCUUUCUUUCUUUCUUAUUUUGUUUUCAGAAUUUCUUCUACAAGUGUUUUUUUACUUGUGUUCGUUCUUUAUGUCCGCCAUUUAUUUUCUUUCCUUCUGUCUUUCUGUCUUUCUUUCUUUCUUUCUUUCUUUCUUUCUUUCUUUUCUUUUUUUUUCUUUCUUUCUUAUUUUGUUUUUUCAAAUUUCUUCUUUUUUUUUGUUGUGUUCGUUCUUUAUGUCCGCCAUUUAUUUUCUUUCCUUCUGUCUUUCUGUCUGUCUUUCUUUCUUUCUUUCUUUCUUUCUUUCUUUCUUUCUUUCUUAUUUUGUUUUUCACAAGUGUUGUGUUCGUUCUUUAUGUCCGCCAUUUAUUUUCUUUCCUUCUGUCUUUCUGUCUGUCUUUCUGUCUUUCUUUCUUUCUUACUUUCUUUCUUGCUUUCUUUCUUUCUUAUUUUGUUUUCAGAAUUUCUUCUUGUUUUUUUGCUUUCUUUUUAUGUCCGCCAUUUAUUUUUUUCCUUCUUAUUUUGUUUCUUUCUUUCUUUCUUCUUCUUUCUUUGUUUUUUACUUUUUUUACUUGUGUUCGUUCUUUAUGUCCGCCAUUUAUUUUCUUUCCUUCUGUCUUUCUGUCUGUCUGUCUUUCUUUCUUUCUUUCUUUCUUUCUUUCUUUCUUUCUUUCUUUCUUUCUUAUUUUGUGUUUAGCAUUUCUUCUUUUUCAUUUUUUCGUUUGUGUUUCGUUCUUUAUUUCCUUUUUCUUUUCUUUCUUUCUUUCUUUCUUUCUUUCUUUCUUUCUUUCUUUAUUUUUUCUUGUUUUUUCUUUCUUAUUUUGUUUUCUUUCUUCUAUGUUGUGUUUUCGUUCUUUAUGUCCGCCCUUCUGUCUUUCUUUUCUUAUUUUUUCUUGCUUUCCUUUCUUUUGUUUUGUUUUCAGAAUUUCUGUCUUUUGUUGUGUUCGUUCUUUCCGCCAUUUAUUUUCUUUCCUUUCUUUCUUUGUCUGUCUUUUCUUUCUUUCUUGCUUUCUUUCUUUCUUAUUUUGUUUUCAGAAUUUCUUCUACAAGUGUUUUUUUACUUGUGUUCGUUCUUUAUGUCCGCCAUUUAUUUUCUUUCCUUCUGUCUUUCUGUCUGUCUGUCUUUCUUUCUUUCUUUCUUUCUUUCUUUCUUUCUUUCUUUCUUUCUUUUGCUUUCUUUCUUGUUUUCAAAUUUCUUCUACAAGUGUUUUUUUUUUGUUUUCGUUCUUUUUUAUGUCCGCCAUUUAUUUUCUUUCCUUCUGUCUUUCUGUCUGUCUGUCUUUUUUCUUUCUUAUUUCUUUCUUCUUUCUUAUUUUGUUUUCAAGUCUUCAUUUUUUUUUGCUUGUCUUCUUUAUGUCCGCCAUUUAUUUUCUUUCUUUUUCUUUCUUUCUUUUUUCUUUUCUUUUUUCUUUCUUGCUUUCUUUCUUUUUUUUUUGUUUUCAGAAUUUCUUUACUGUUUUUUUACUUGUUUCGUUUUUCUUUCCUUCUGUCUUUCUGUCUGUCUGUCUUUCUUUCUUUCUUACUUUCUUUCUUGCUUUCUUUCUUUCUUAUUUUGUUUUCAGAAUUUCUUCUACAAGUGUUUUUUUGCUUGUGUUUUUCUUUAUGUCCGCCAUUUAUUUUCUUUCCUUUUCUUUCUGUCUUCUUUUUUCUUUCUUUCUUUCUUUCUUUUCUUUUCUUUCUUUCUUAUUUUGUUUUUAGCAUUUCUUCGACAAGUGUUUUUUUACUUGUGUUCGUUCUUUAUGUCCGCCAUUUAUUUUCUUUCCUUCUGUCUUUCUGUUUCUGUCUUUCUUCUGUCUUUUUGUUUUCAGAAUUUCUGUCUUCUUUAUGUCUUUAUUUUCUUUCCUUCUGUCUUUCUUUCUUUCUUUCUUUCUUUCUUUCUUGCUUUCUUUCUUUCUUUCUUAUUUUGUUUUCAGAAUUUCUUCUACAAGUGUUUUUUUGACUUGUGUUCGUUCUUUAUGUCCGCCAUUUAUUUUCUUUCCUUCUGUCUUUCUGUCUGUCUGUCUUUCAUUUAUUUUCUUUUCCUUCUUAUUUUGUUUUCAAAUUUCUUCUUGAAGUGUUUUUUUGAUUGUCUUCUUUAUGUCUUUCUUUCCUUUCUUUCUUUGUCUUUUUCUUUCUUUCUUUCUUUCUUUUCUUUCUUUCUUUCUUUUUUUGUGUUUAGCAUUUCUUCUACAAGUGUUCAUUUUACUUUUGUUCGUUCUUUAUGUCCGCCAUUUAUUUUCUUUCUUUGUCUUUCUUUCUUUCUUUCUUUCUUUCUUUCUUUCUUUCUUUUUCUUUCUUUCUUAUUUUGUGUUUAA